AUGCCAUUUUGUGAUCAAAAUGAGUCUACAAAAUUACCUCAAGUUGUUACGAUAAGACAUGAAAUAUUGGAUUAUUAUCAAAUGGAGUCAGCUAGUUUUUCCAAGAAUAUAUUGUCGGGACACUGGUGGCCUAAGAAGUGUCAAGCUAAUAGUCGUUUGGCAAUUAUUAUCAGCUAUCGUAAUCGUGAAAAACAUUUGAAGCUCCUCUUAAACAAUCUUCAUCCAUUUUUACAACGACAGCUUUUGGAUUAUACCAUUUUCGUCGUUAAUCAACAUGAUAAUAAUUUAUUUAAUCGUGCACUUUUGUCAAAUAUUGGUUAUUUGGAGUCAAUUAAAUUGUACAAUUACACUUGUUUCAUCUUUCAUGACGUUGAUCUUCUACCAGAAGAUGACAGAAACUGGUACACGUGUGAAAAUAAACCUCGACAUCUGUCUGUAGCUGUGGAUAAAUUCGAUUAUCAAUUAUUGUGGCCAGGACUGUUUGGCGGUGUGACGGCAUUUCGACGAAAAGAUUUUAUCGAUGUUAAUGGUUUUGCAACAGUCUAUCAAGGAUGGGGUGGAGAGGAUGAUGAUAUGUACAAUCGUGUUAUGAAGAAAUUGCAAAAUAUCACUCGACCACCUAUAGACGUCGGUCGAUACAAAAUGAUUCAAAAUGGUGAUCAUACGACCAGUGAGCCAAAUCCUCAUCGACAUGACUUACUGACAUUCAACUACCGUUACAGCUUAGACGGUCUUACUACAACAGAAUACAAGUUGAAUGAAAUCAAAUUUUACAAAUUAUUUGUCUUAAUUGAUGUGACGUUAACUCAGUUGACAUGGGAUCAAAUAAAACAAAGAAUAGGUUUUGCUUGA